GUAACAUAUGUUGAAUUGCAAUAUUCAUAAAUAAAUGAUUGAUCUAUAAAAAAUUUCUGACGGAUUUUUCUUAUUCUUCGCUUAUCUGCCUCAUUAAAUUAUUGUCAUUUGGAUAUUUUUGUAUGGAUAAUGUAAUUAAACAUUUUGCUAUACUCCACAGAAUCCAUAUUGGAUGUUUACACCUUUUAUUUAUUACAUUAUCAAUAUAAUACAUGUUUUUAUAAUGUACUUGAAUUAUAACUUUAAGCUCACUGAUAACAAUGCUCAGUAUAAAAGAUAACUUGUAUAACCAGUGGAACAUAUUUCACAGACAAGAAACUUAUUUCACCAGGUGCUGUGAAAGAAUGAAUACCCUUCCUAUGGAGGCCUUUCGGGACACAGUAUACGGUACCACAAGAGAUUCAACUGAUAAUUGCAAACUAAAAAUGAAUAAGAAAAGAGACUUUUUUCUUGGAUUGUUUGUCGGCAUUGUGGUAACCUAUUUAACAACACUGACGAGCUUGCAAUCUCGAUCUCAAAAAACAAAAUCUUCAGAAAAUGCUGCAAUCAUGAUCCAAAACGACGACCGACUUGCGCAUCACGAUGAUAAUAAUAUCGCAGAAAAUCUAGAAAAAAGAGUUCGAGUGUUAUGUUAUGUAAUGACAUGUCCAAAAAACCUGGAGACAAGAGCUAUUCAUGUUAAAAAGACAUGGGGAAAAAGAUGUAAUAUAUUACUAUUUAUGAGCUCAGUGUCAAAUUCAAGUUUCCCAACUAUUGGUCUGAACGUUUCAGAAGGAAGGCAACAUCUCACUCAGAAGGAUUCUGGUGCAUUUGAUUACAUUUUUGAAAACUAUAGGGAUAAAGCUGAUUGGUUUUUGAAAGCCGAUGACGAUACUUAUGUUAUCCUAGAAAAUUUAAGAUAUUUUCUAAAAGACUAUAACACAAGUGACCCUAUUUUCUUUGGACACCAUUUUAAAAUGUUUAGUAAACAAGGAUAUUUUAGUGGAGGGGCAGGUUAUGUUUUGAGCCGGGAAGCACUAACAAGGCUCGGUACUAAAGGAAAGGAUCCGAAACUAUGCCGAAAAGACGGUGCUGCCUCAGACGCCGCAACUGGACAAUGUUUGGAAAAGGUUGGGGUUAAAGUUGUCAACUCAAGUGAUGCACUGGGUCGAAGUAGAUUUCAUUGUUUUGAGCCAGAAAGUCAUUUGUUUGGAGACUAUCCUGAAUGGUAUUACAAAUUUGAUGCAAAUGGGCCUCGCAAGGGUAUGGAGAGUAUCAGUGACCAUGCGAUAUCCUUUCACUAUGUCAACCCAAAACUAAUGCAUGUCAUGGAUUUGUUAAUUUACCAUUUAAAACCAUAUGGUAUUCAUUCAACUAAAUGAACAGAAACAAUAUGUGAACAGAACCGAAAAAUACGAGUUUUGUACAGAUUAAAGCGAAAAUUUAGAAGGUUAACGAAUGUUUAUGAGCCAGUUCAAUUCAAUGUUUUUUUUUUAAUAAAAUAUUAAACAUGG